GUUCCUUCACAUCAGUUGUUACUCGUAACUCAGCUCGUAGAUCUGGUUCAGUCGGGUAAUAGUCGUGGAUGCUGACUUCUGCGUUUCAAACUCAGAUUUGGGGUGGACAUUGUGGGUUUGGUUUCCUGGAUUAAGCUUUGGGGAACUUUCUUUUUUUUCACUUCUUGGGCUUAAUUUUGUGUUGGGAUAGUCGUGGUCUGGUUGGUCUUUAGGAUCUGAAGGUAAUUGUAGAAAAACGUGUUUUAGGUAUAUUUUCUUAAGGAAAUUUGGUUGUUCAACGACUCUAACUCUCUCAUGUCUUGCUUUGCUUCAUGAUCAAUAAAUGCGUUUAAAGAAAAUUUGUGUUUCUUUCCACUCAUUCCUUUCUUUGUAGCGAUUCAGGUCAUUAUUUUUUCGUGUUGGGAAAAACAAAAUCAGGAUGAAAGCUUGCGUUGGAUUGUGGUUGGCUAGAUAACUUUGUAUUCUGAGGAUAAAAUGGAGAACUAUAAGCUCAAGUUAUCAGUCCUGGUUAAAAUAGUUUGUAAAGCUUGACGAAACCUAAACUUGGCUUCACGUGUUGAGUAAAUUCUAUUCCCUACUCGCGCUCGACCUGUCUUACAAAGAAGAGAAAGGACCUGUUUUACUAAUUUGAGUAAAUUUCUUGGUGGAAUAGUUCUCAUUUAAGAUGUUCAUACCUCUGGUGGUUGAGAAAGGAAUAUGAAGUUCAGCUGAGGUUACUCAAUUUAAUAGUCAGGUUCUGUGAGUUAUAGCAAACAGCUCUCCAUGAAGUUCUAUUCAUCUUCGUUGCAACCUUUCCUUUUGGUCAUUGUUAUUAUUUUUCCUCUGGCUAUUGCUGACUUAAAUUCGGAAAAGCAAGCCCUUCUUAGUUUUGCCAAUGCUAUCCCCCAUCAGCGGAACCUUAAGUGGGAUCCAUCCAGCUCUGUCUGCAAGUCUUGGGUCGGCAUCACUUGCAAUCCAAAUGGCACUCACGUUGUUUCUGUCAGGCUCCCUGGAAUUGGACUCGUGGGAUCCAUCCCAACUAAUACACUUGGAAAGCUUGACAGCCUUAGAACUAUAAGCCUUCGAUCCAACCUACUCACUGGAAAUUUACCUAGUGAUAUCACUUCUCUUCCUUCUCUCCAGUAUCUCUACCUCCAGCAUAAUAACCUUUCAGGUGAUAUACCCACCUCAUUUUCACCCCAACUAAAUGUACUUGAUCUGUCUGAUAAUUCUUUCACCGGUGUAAUUCCAGAGACUUUACAAAAUUUAACAGAACUGACUAGAUUAUACCUUCAGAACAACUCCCUUUCUGGACGGAUACCUAAUCUCAAAGUCCCUAAGCUCAAGCUUUUGAACUUAAGUUACAACCAGUUGAAUGGCUCUAUCCCACCAGCUCUUCAGAAAUUUCCCAACUCAUCCUUUGAAGGGAAUUCUCUCUUGUGUGGAAAACCUCUAAAACCCUGCACUUCUGUCCCUCCUACACCUUCUCCUGCCUUACCUCCAGCCCCACCAUUGGCUCCAAAAAGGCAAAGCUCCAAAAAUAAAUUGAGUAAGGUAGCUAUCAUUGCAAUCGCUGUUGGAGGAGCUGUUCUGCUGUUACUUAUAGCUCUUGUUAUUGUUCUCUGCUGUUUAAAGAAAAAAGACAAUGGAAGAUCCAGUGUAAUUAAAGGGAAGGGUCCUAGUGGUGGGAGAGGAGAGAAGCCGAAAGAAGAGUUUGGCAGUGGCGUGCAAGAACCCGAGAAGAACAAGUUGGUUUUCUUUGAAGGCUGUUCUUAUAAUUUUGAUCUUGAGGAUUUGCUAAGAGCUUCAGCUGAAGUUCUGGGUAAGGGUAGCUAUGGUACUGCCUAUAAGGCUGUAUUGGAGGAGUCCACUACUGUUGUGGUGAAAAGGUUGAAGGAAGUAGUGGUGGGCAAGAGAGACUUUGAACAGCAGAUGGAGACUGUGGGAAGGGUUGGGCAGCAUCCAAAUGUUGUACCCCUUCGUGCUUAUUAUUAUUCAAAGGAUGAGAAACUUUUGGUCUAUGACUAUAUCUCAGGGGGCAACCUGUCAACACUACUGCAUGGUAGUAGGUCAGGUGGAAGAGCUCCGUUAGAUUGGGAUUCCCGAGUGAAGGUCUCCCUGGGAGCUGCCCGAGGAGUUGCCCACAUACAUUCCGUUGGGGGUCCAAAAUUCACUCAUGGAAAUAUCAAGUCCUCAAAUGUCCUCAUCCAAGAUAAUGAAGCCUGCAUUUCUGAUUUUGGCUUGACCCCGCUUAUGAAUGUUCCAGCAGCCCCCUCCAGGGCUGCAGGUUAUCGCGCUCCUGAGGUGAUUGAGAUGCGUAAACACACUCAUAAAUCAGAUGUGUACAGCUUCGGUGUCCUCCUUCUGGAAAUGCUUACUGGGAAAGCACCCCUCCAGUCACCGGGACGUGAUGAUAUGGUUGAUCUCCCUAGAUGGGUCCACUCUGUUGUUAGGGAGGAAUGGACGGCUGAGGUUUUUGAUGUGGAGCUAAUGAGGUAUCAAAACAUUGAAGAAGAAAUGGUUCAAAUGUUGCAAAUUGCCAUGGCCUGUGUGGCAAAGGUGCCGGAUAUGCGACCUAGCAUGGAUGAUGUAGUGAGAAUGAUCGAAGAGAUCCGGCAAUCUGACUCAGAGAACCGGCCGUCUUCGGAAGAGAAUAAAUCCAAGGACUCCAACGUUCAAACUCCAUAAAUUACUUCCUGGCGUUCCUUGUUGGUUCCAUACAAGAUUGAUUUCUAGACAUUCGUUAUUUAGGGAGCAACAUUGAGUGGUAUAUAAGAGUGAGUGCUUACUCAAGGUUUCUCAGUUGUAUUCAAACCUUUUCUGUCCAAUUGUGCAUUAUUUAUUUUUCUUCACAGACGGAGUC